GCGGUCUCCUCCCCCCCCCCACUCAAAAAGAAUCUACACACUCGCACACACGCGCGCGUCCAUGUCGUCGGCCUUUCCUCCGGUGGUUUUCCCGGUGCCGCCAAACGACACUGCUCCGUCUUCUUCUUCACCUCCACUCCCGGUGAUCUCUCCGUCGGGUGAGACCAACGCGACUCUGUCUCCGCCUUCACCUUCCGUCUUCGAUAACGGGACGAACUCGGAGCCACCGGCGACGGCUAAUGGAUCUUCGUAUACUCCGGCGACGAAUGUAUCCGGUGGCAGAGGAGGCUUGGCGAGUGGAGCAAUGGCGGGUCUGAUCGUUGGCGUGAUUCUUGGUGCUACGAUUGUGUUGGUCGCCGUCGGUAUCUUCGUGUUUUUCUAUAAGAGAAAGAAGAGGAAGGAUGUCGAGGCCUGCAAUGGCGGGCCCUCGUCAGAUUCAGUGGGUCCGAAAGGUAAUCCUCAGCAAUGGCAUCAGGGUAUAUCAGAAAUCGGCACGUUCCCCAAACCUUCCCCUCCUCCAGGAUUUGGGGAAGGUUUCAAAGUUCCACAAAUGUAUCCAUCAAUGGAUCCCCCUCCUUCGAGUAGUAGUUUAGGGUCUGACAGACCGCCGGGUGAAUCUCAGUCUCCUGCAAUGAAUAUGGGACUUUCACAGAGCAUGUUCACCUACGAGGAGUUGUCUAGGGCUACUAGUAACUUCUCGAACAUGAACCUUAUUGGCCAAGGUGGGUUUGGUUACGUUCACAAGGGCACCCUUCAAGACGGGAGGAUUGUUGCGAUUAAACAGCUGAAAGCUGGGAGCGGACAAGGGGAACGUGAGUUUCAGGCAGAAAUCCAGAUCAUCAGCCGUGUCCAUCAUAGACAUCUUGUUUCUCUCUUCGGGUAUUGCAUGACUGGUUCUCAAAGGUUGCUUGUUUAUGAGUUUGUCCCGAAUAAGACAUUGGAGUAUCAUUUGCAUGAGAAGGGAAGACCUGUAAUGGAGUGGCCAACCAGGAUGAAGAUUGGACUGGGUGCAGCAAAAGGGUUAGCGUACUUGCAUGAAGAUUGUAACCCCAGGAUCAUACACCGUGACAUAAAGGCGGCAAAUAUUCUACUCGAUGAGAGCUUUGAGGCGAAGUUGGCAGAUUUUGGACUUGCCAAGUCUUCCUUAGACACUGAUACUCAUGUUUCGACUCGGAUAAUGGGAACGUUUGGUUACCUGGCUCCAGAAUAUGCUGCUUCAGGUAAGCUCACUGGUAAAUCCGAUGUCUUCUCCUUCGGGGUGGUGCUGCUUGAACUGAUUACUGGACGCCGACCUGUUGAUAAAGCACAACCUUUCGCUGAUGAUAGCAUAGUGGAUUGGGCAAAGCCUCUGAUGAUGCAAGUUCUCAGUGAUGGAAACUUCGACGUUCUUGUUGACCCAAAGUUGGAGAGAAAUUAUGACACGAGUGAAAUGACACGAAUGGUUGCUUGUGCUGCUGCCAGCGUGCGCCAUUCAGCAAAGCGCCGGCCAAAAAUGAGUCAGAUAGUAAGGGCAUUAGAAGGAAACAUGUCGAUAGAUGAUCUAACUGAAGGAAGCGCACCCGGGCACAGCACCAUUUACAGUAUGGAUGGAAGUGAAGAUUAUAGCUCGGCUCAGUACAAGGAAGACUUGCAAAAGUUCAAGAAGAUGGCACUUGAAAGCCAAACAUUCGGAAGCAGUGAAUUCAGCGGAGUGACCAGCGACAACGGCCAAAACCCGUCUGCCUCCAGCACCGAAGGCCCUCGAAAUACCCGAGAACUGGAACCCGAAAGAUCCGAGAAGAAGAAGAGCUCCUCUUGAUGAUGAAGUACUCAACUCAGGUAUACGUUUGGCUGUGUGAAAGAGGUGCUAACUUAUUCCAAGUAAAUGGGCUUUGUCUAGGGUUUAGGGUUUUAGCACCAUCUCUUUACACUCCUUCUUCGACAUUGUUGUCUGUGUUCGAAUUCUUGAGCUUUUGGUCCGAAACUGAUAUAUUCCCACGUGUGUAUUUAUUUGUAGCAUUGUUGAAACCCCAAAAAAAAAAAAGGUUAAAUUCAUUCUU